AUGGGUGGAGUAGAAAGUCAUUUAUAUCAAUUAUCACUUAUGUUAACCCAUCGUGGACACAAGGUCAUAAUAAUCACCCAUUCUUAUGGAAACCGCACUGGCGUUCGUUAUCUAACCAACGGUUUAAAGGUAUAUUAUGUACCGCAUAUGGUUAUCUAUUCAGAAGCAACAUUACCAACGAUAUAUGGAUUCUUUCCAAUCUUUCGAAAUAUUGUUCUUCGUGAAAGAAUUGAUAUUGUCCACGGUCAUCAAGCAUUUUCAUCGUUAUGUCACGAAGCAAUAUUACAUGCUCGUACGAUGGGAAUAAGAGCUUGUUUUACUGAUCAUAGUUUAUUUGGAUUUGCGGAUGCAAGUAGUAUUCUGAUGAAUAAAGUAUUAAAAUUUACACUUAGUGAUAUCGAUCAUGUUAUAUGUGUUAGUCAUACGAGUAAGGAAAAUACAGUUUUAAGGGCAGCUUUGACUCCUCAAAUGGUAUCAGUCAUCCCGAAUGCUGUGGUUACAUCGCAGUUUAAGCCGAAUCCCAGUGCACAAGAUAAAAAUUUUACAAGUCGACUAGUAUAUAGAAAGGGCAUGGAUUUACUUGUUGCUGUUAUACCUAGAAUAUGUAAAGCAGAUCCUAAAGUACGAUUUAUAAUUGGUGGUGAUGGACCAAAGAGAAUCGAUUUAGAACAAAUGAGGGAAAAAAAUUCGCUUCAUGAUCGUGUUGAAUUUAUCGGUCCAGUUAUGCAUCAUGAAGUACAUAGUGUUUUGACAAAAGGUCACAUUUUUUUGAACACCAGUUUAACAGAAGCAUUCUGUAUUGGUAUGGUUGAAGCAGCUUGUUGUGGGUUACUUGUUGUGAGCACAAAAGUUGGUGGUGUGCCAGAAGUUCUACCUAGACACAUGAUUAUUUUUUCUAAGCCUGAGGAAGAAGAUCUUGUUGAUGCAAUGUCAAAAGCUAUUAAAAUGAUCAGACAUAAAGAGGCUGUACCAACAAAAUUUCAUGAUGAGAUUAAAGAAAUGUAUAGUUGGAGUAAUGUCGCUGAGCGAACCGAAAAG